AUGCUGCCCCUCAAACACACUGCGGCUGCCAGGCGGGUCUUCUCUCGCGCCCUCCUGUCGAAACUCUCUUCUCUCCAGCUCCAGCCCCGACCCACAGCGCGCACCCACCUCACCUUCACCCACCCCUCAGCCCUCGCCUUCUCCUCUUCCAGUCAGGCAGCGAGCGGCCAUCUGUCACAGCUGGCGAAGAAGGAUGAUACCGUGCUCACCCGUCUCAGAGCGGGCGAGGGACAGCUCGUGGACGAAGGGUACUACGAUCCUGACGACAAGUUUAACGGCCCACCUGUAUCUUACGACCCAUUCCGAUACCCCGCCCAACUCCAACCCCACCUCCCUCUAGCCAAGCUCAGAGCCCCAAGCGGGAGACCAUACACCCCCAGCACCACCGCCAACAUCCUAUGCCGCAACCACUCUACCACAAGACAGCUCUGCCACGAAACCCGUCAUGGCGAAAUCUUUUCCAUGGAGACAUUUGUGAUCGUCUAUGAAUCUGCGAACGAAAGCGACCUUCAAUCCCUAGAGAACGGCCAAACAUUCCGAGGCCGCGUCGUAUUCGCCGACAACAGAAUUACCCACCUCGCAUUCGACGGCCACCUCUUCUCCGUCUCGCACGACCCCAACGGCGUGCACGGCACCGCCAGCCUGAAGCAAGUCGUAGCUGUCUUGGCAGAGACGGAGCGGGAGAUGCUGGGUAUUGACCCAAAGACUGCUGCAGAUAUCCUCGCGUUACACGUCGACGAACGUCGAAACGGUACCACCCACGACUCUUCCCCUACCCCUACCCCUUCCCCUGCAUCGUCCAUCCCCUCAUCUUCCGACCCUUCAUCCUCCAACGACCCCGACGAGCUCGCCCUCCAACACCACCUCGAGUCCCUCUCAAACUCGCGCAAACAAGCCCUCGCGGAGAGCCGCUCUGUCCUAGACCGCGUACGAGCAAGCCUCGACCAUCUGGUAGUCGACUAUGAUCCUGAGGGGAACAAACAGAUCUUUGGCUCUGAUGAUUUCAAAUACCCAGCCCAACACCACUCCCUCCCCCUCCACACCAUCGACCCCCCCUCCUCCUACCCCUACACCCCCAACACAUCCGCCCGUAUCCUCUCCCCGGACGACACCGAGUCGCACGAAAUCCGGAACCUGUCUAAAGAUGGAAAGGUUGUGACAUACGAUGGGAUUGUCCGAAUAUUCGAAAGGGAAGACGAUGGUGAUUUUGUCACACAGAUGAACAAUGGCAAGACCCUCCGCGCGCGUCUGAUCUUUGCAGAUGGUCGUAUCACCCACCUAGCCACCGACGGCCACGUCUUUUCCCUCUCUGACCAAGGCGAAGGGCUGGACGAGACUGUACGUCUGGAAAGGGUCGUUGGUCUUUUGGGCAAGGUGGAGAGGGAGAUGUUGAAGAUUGAGCCGACAUUGUUUGAAUCCAUCUACACUCAACACAUCGCCGAAUACACCGAACGCCACUCCAAAGCCAAAGCCCAAGCCCAACGCCGCCUCACAGCAGACGACCCCCCCUCCCCCAGCCCCGCCCCCGAAGAAGCGCUCGAAAACACCCACCCCUCCUCAGUCCCCACCAUAGCCGAAUGGAACCUCAACCCCCACACACUCAUCAACAACCUCCCCAUCUGGGCCGCCUGCGCCCUCCAAAACCACCCCGCCGUAUUCUCCUCCCCCUCCCCGGCCGCCAUUGGCACGGAUGAAAUAGUGGAGAGGAUUGAGAAAGGGGAAGGGGAAGGGUUGGAGUUCUUUGUGGAGAGGGCUGUUAAGGAGGAUGGUUUGCCUACCAGGUUGGACCCUGAUGGGAAGGGGAGGUGGUGUGAAUGGAUUGUUAGGGUGCGAAGCCAAAGCGAGGCCGCCCAACACCCCGAAAUCCGCGCAUUCAUAGCGACCAUCCACGACGACGGUCUUUGCGCCAAGACGAUAUCCAUCGGCGGGACGUUUGUGAACCUAGAGUUGCUGGAUGGGGGAGGGUAUGUCGUUGGGGAGGAGGAAGAGGUUGGCGUUGGGGAUUUGGCGGGGGUAUAA